CAAACCAUGAGCAUUUAUGAAGCCAAGAGGCAACACUGGCUCAUGCCAGGAACAGCUUUGGUCCUGUUGGAAGCUCAAGCAGCGACCGGCUUUGUCAUUGACCCGGUCAAGAACCUGAACCACUCCGUGGAUGAAGCGGUCAAAGCCAGGAUCAUUGGCCCAGAGUUGCACGCGAAACUACUGUCCGCGGAGCGAGCGGUGACCGGGUACAAAGACCCCUACACGGGGAACACCAUCUCCUUGUUCCAGGCCCUGAAGAAGGACCUGAUUGUGAAGCAACAUGGGAUUCGCCUGCUGGAGGCACAGAUCGCCACUGGGGGCAUCAUUGACCCGGUGAACAGCCACCGUCUCCCUGUGCACGUGGCCUACAAACAAGGCUUGUUUGACGAGGAGAUGAACCGGAUCCUGGAAGAUCCUGGGGAUGACACCAAAGGCUUCUUCGAUCCCAACACCAAGGAGAAUCUGACCUACUUGGAGCUGAAGAAGAGAUGUGUGACUGAUCCAGUGACGGGCCUGUGUCUGCUUAAGCUUACAAAUGGGCCAGCGAAGAGGCCACACGCUUGCAUCGUUGUACAAACUGAAGAGGACUUUAAAAAUGUGACAAUGCCUAUUCCCGGCGGCUGCUUGAACGGGAAGUCUGUCUCAGUCUGGGAAAUGCUUCACUCAGAUUAUUUCAGUGAAGCUCAGAGAAAGGAGCUGAUAGAGAGAUAUCAAAGGAAGGAAAUCAACAUGCAGACAAUCAUGACGACCAUCAGCACAACCGUUCAAGUAACCAAAUCGGAGACCAAGACGUCCAUCACGGUGACUGGUCUCAGGGGCCAAGUCCCAGUGGAAGAGUUAGUUACGUGCCAGAUUAUUGACGGACCGAUGCAGGCUGCGCUGGAGAAAGGAACAAUGGCGGUAAAAGAUAUGAUCGAGCUCGACUCAGUCAAGAAGUACCUACAGGGUGAGGGCAGCAUUGCUGGCCUCCUGAUUCAUUCCACCCAUGAGAAGCUCAGCAUCUACCAAGCCAUGAAGAAGAGGCUGCUGAGAGAAGGGACAGCUCUAAUGCUGCUGGAGGCACAAGCCGCCACUGGUUUCCUCAUCGAGCCCGUCACCAACCAAAAGCUCUCGGUGGACGAGGCUGUCAAGGCAGGGGUGGUCGGGCCUGAAAUGCACGACAAACUAGCCUCAGCAGAGAAGGCGGUGGUAGGUUAUAACGACCCCUACACAGGAGAUUUGCUCUCACUCUUCCAAGCCAUGAAGAAAGAGUUGAUUGUGGAGAGUCAUGGCAUUCGACUACUGGAAGCUCAGAUAGCAACAGGCGGCAUCAUUGACCCACACUACGCUCUUCGCCUGCCUGUGGAGGUAGCCUACCAGAGAGGCAUGUUCGACAAGGAGAUGAACAAAGUUCUCUCCGACCCCGGUGAUGAUACAAAAGGCUUCUUUGACCCAAACACCCAGGACAACCACACCUACUUGCAGCUGAAAGAGAGAUGUGUCACUGAUCCGGAAACGGGGCUUUGCCUAUUGAUUGUGACGGAUAAGGUGGUCAAAGGCAUCGACGUCAAGGUGGAAGUUGACGUCAAGCAAGCCUUUCAGCAAACGAUGGUCAGUGUGAAGGUUGGGAGAUUCAGUAACCGCAAGGUGACCUUGUGGGAAAUAAUCAAUUCAGAAUACUUCACAGCAGAACAAUUGGACCAAUGGGUCAAGGAGUACAAAUCAGGGAAACUCAGCAAAGAAAGCCUGAUCGAAAAAGUCACCCAAAUCGUCGAGGAGAUGGAGAAUAAAACAAAGCAAGUUGUCUUUCGAGGCUUGAGACGCGGUGUCUCUGCGCAGCAGUUACUGAAAUCCAAGAUCAUUGACCAGAAAGUCUUACAGCAAUUGAAAGAAGGCACAACGUCAGUUGCAGAGGUUUCCCAGCUUGAAUCUGUCAAACAAUAUCUGGCUGGAGAAAAGAGCAUCGCUGGAGUCUUUGUGGAGGCCACGAAAGAGAUACUGAGCAUUUAUCAAGCUAUGAACAAGGGGCUGCUGAGGCCAGGAACAGCCUUGGUCCUGUUGGAGGCUCAAGCGGCGACCGGCUUUAUCAUUGACCCAGUCAAGAACCUCAAGCUCUCUGUUGAUGAAGCGGUCGAGGCAAAGGUCAUCGGCCAGGAUGUCUGUCAGAAACUACUGUCCGCAGAGCGAGCGGUGACCGGGUACAAGGACCCCUACACGGGGAACACCAUUUCCUUAUUCCAGGCAAUGAAGAAGGACCUGAUUGUGAAGGAACACGGGAUUCGCCUGCUGGAGGCCCAGAUCGCCACGGGAGGUAUCAUUGACCCGGUGAACAGCCACCGCAUCCCUGUACACGUGGCCUUCGAGCGGGACAUGUUCGACGAGGAGAUGAAUCAGAUCCUGGAAGACCCGAGCGACGACACCAAAGGCUUUUUCGAUCCGAGCACCCAAGAGAAUCUGACCUAUCUGCAACUCCAGAAGAGGUGCUACACCGACACGGUGACGAAGCGCAGCCUCCUGUGUCUGAGAGAUCACCGCGGCGUGGAUAAGCAAACCGUCAACGCGUUCAAAAAGGCCACUUUCUCCGUGACCAUUGGUAAGUUUCACGGAGAGACCAUCUCCAUCUGGGAAUGUCUCAAUUCGGAAUACGUCAGCCAGAGUCAAAGAAUGGAGAUGGUGCUGCAGUAUCAAUCGCACAGCAUCACUCUCGAACAGAUCAUCACACACCUCAUCAGCUUCAUCGGGGUGAGAGAAAGAAAGGAGGGCAACCAGGUUACCGUCGACGGGCUGCGAAAGCAAAUCCCUUUGCGGGAGUUGUUUGACUCUCAGCUGAUUGGGAGAGAGAUGUACGAAGCAGUGGAGAAAGGCACCAAAACAGUGCAAGACAUCCUCCAGACGGACUCAGUCAAGGAAUACUUGCAGGGCACGGGCAGUAUUGCUGGGAUAAUCCUUCAUCCUUCCGGAGAGAAGAUGAGUAUUUAUCAGGCCAAUAUGAAGAAACAUCUCAUGGCAGGAACGGCCUUGAUCCUGCUGGAGGCUCAAGCAGCGACCGGCUCCUCACCCACAGCCAACAUGCACCCCUCACCCCCAGCCGCACAUGAGUCGGGUGUAACAAUAUCUGCUGCCAGUAACUUUCUCGUACUUCAUCCAUGUUACAGAAGAUGUGGCACCGAACAUGGCAACGGACCUUUAUCUGCCAUGAAAAUGAUGGCCCUCACUCGCACCCAUCCUCUGGACAGUGCCUGCGUGCUCAGAAACGCUACCCUGCGUUAA